ACGCUUGAUUCUCUGCACAGACAAAGGCCGAGCAUGGCGAAAACCAAGAGGAUGAGUUUGAAGCUUCUUGUUGAUAAGAGAAACCAGACCGUCCUCUUUGCCGAAGCCGGAAAGGACUUUGUGGAUUUCCUUUUCCAUUUUCUGGCUUUGCCGGUUGGAACUAUUGUGAGUCUUCUCCCCAAAGCGGGCAUGGUGGGUGGCUUGUGCAAUCUUUAUACGAGUGUCGAGAAUCUCAGCGACCCAUCUAUCGGCCGGCUGCGGGUGCCGCAUCCUCGGCCAAGGGUACCUGGUGGGGAGGGCGGCUACGUGAGAGGCAUGGUCACAAGCAUGGCGAUGGACGGUCCGGUCAUGAAGCCCAUGUCUAGCAUCUCUUGCAUUACUCUCCUCAACCGGUACAAUGCGCACGAAAUCGGGGAUCUCCAAGAGAAGGUGAUCGACUUUGGCAUGGACGAGGUAAGGUCAAGAACAAAAACAGCCAUGGCGGCGACUAAGAUGAGAUUGAAGCUUCUUGUUGACCGGAGAAGCCACACGGUGCUUUUUGCUGAAGCUGGAAAGGACUUUGUGGAUUUCCUUUUCCAUUGUUUGGCUUUACCAGUUGGAACUGUUAUUAGUUUCCUCACCAGCGGAGGCACAGCUGCUAGCUUAGGCAACGUCUACAAGAGUAUUGAGAAUCUCAGUGAAAUAUAUUUAAAAACUAACCAGAAAGAGACUACGUUGAAGCCCAAGUUACCGAGCAGUGGUCCAGAGCUUCCCUUGUUAUUACCUGAAGCUUCAGCUUCCGCGCCAACCGACUACUACAGAUGCUCUAAUUCUUCUUGGAGAUGUAACUAUGUCACCGAUGCCCCCUCGGCAAGAUGCCCAAAUUGCGGUUACAAUAUGAGUACCAAACUUUCAUGGGUUGUUGGGCCAGCUGUGUCAUCCUCGUCUGAGACAUCCGGCAGUGAGGGUGGUUAUGUGCAAGGCGUUGUGACAUACAUGGUGAUGGAUGAUCUGGUCGUGAAGCCUAUGUCCACCAUUUCUUGUGUUACUCUCAUCAACAAGUUCAAUGUGCAGGAACUUCGGGAUCUUGAAGAGAAGGUGGUAGAUUUUGGGACGGAUGAGGCCAUAAAGCUGUUGGAUGCUUCUUUGCACUCCAAGAAGGUGUUCACAGACAUAUUCUUCAGUAAGAAGGAAGCAUCUGCGUGA